AAAAAAAAAAACACCUCUGCGGCUGAGUCAGAGAUCAAAGAAGACCAGAGAGACUUUGCCCAGGUGCUGAUAUGGAGCAGGUGUCAUCAACAGGCAGACCCGUGCAGAUCACUGUGACAGAUGGAUAUGACUUGAAAGGUUUUAAAGGAGAUACUCCAGUUACCUUUAUCCGUGCAGAAUUCAAUCAGGUGGUUCUGGGAGACUCUGCAAAAAUUACUGUUUCUCCAGAAGGAACUGCAAAAUACAACUUCACUUGCAGUUUUGAGUUCAAUCCUGAAGGAGGAGUCACUUUAGAUGACCUCGCCCACAAACCUGUGUUCUUAACGAUGACUGAAGUUUUACCAAAGGAAAAGAAACAGAAAGAGGAGAAGACCAUGAUUCUUGGUCAAGCUGUGGUGGACCUUCUUCCUUUACUGGAAGGAGAGAGUUUGUUUGAAAUGAUGGUCCCAUUGCACCCUGUGCCAGGCUCGCCCUUGGAACCUCUUCGAUCAGGUGUUAAGCAGUGCAGUCUUGAAGUUAAAGUAUUUGUGGCGGAGCCCUUAUUGACCGCAGCCCAGAUCUCAGGAGGCAAUCUGCUGAAGGUCACAUUGGAGGCUGCCUACUCUGUGCCUGAAUCCUUCAUUCCAAUGGGGCUGCUGCAGAACUACAUCGUUGCUCUGCAAGUUCCAUCAGCUGGAGAGAAAGACUAUCCCAUUUUCUUCAAGAAUGGAACUCUGAAGCUUGGAGGGGAAAGAGAACCUGUUCCUCGGCCCAAAAAAUGGCCUAUUGCCAACAUUCUGGCUCCAGGAGCUAAUAACAUUCCUGAUGCUUUCAUCGUUGGUGGGCCCUAUGAGGAAGAAGAAGGGGAACUCAACCAUCCUGAGGACAGGGAGUUUAGGAACCAAGCAGAGUGCAUAAAGAAAAGGAUUACUUGGGACUUGGAAAGUCGCUGCUACCUUGAUCCUCCUACAGUCAUCAGUUUUCAGAAGCGAAUUGCUGAUUGCCGAUUUUGGCCUGUAGAGAUCACAAGGGUUCCUCUGGUUACUGUACCCAAAGGGAAAUCUGCUAAAUUUGAAAAGACUGAUGAUGAAGGUCAGCUUUCAUUUCAUGGUGUGGCUUAUGUUAAUAUGGUACCAUUGCUGUAUCCAGGUGUGAAGAGGAUUCGGGGAGCUUUUCAUGUUUACCCUUACCUAGGUAGCACAGUCUAUGAAAAGACCAAGUGUUUAUUUAGCUUGUUCCGGGAUACUGGCCAUAAUUUGAUUCAGAAUAAUAAAAUAGGAGGAAUUUAUUCUCCAGUGUCCAAACCAGUUAUUUCUAAGAACCUGAAAGAAGAUAAAACAGUCAAAGAAAAGGAUAUGGAAGCAAGGCCUAGGCCUGGGGAUGUGCAAAUGUCUAGUAUAAAGUCUCAGAGCUCAGCUACUCCUUUGGAAGUUGAACCCUCUCUUUGCAACAAUCCAGAAGGACAGCAAUAUGUAGAAGCAGGGACAUACAUUGUGUUGGAGAUUGAGCUGGACAAAGCCUUGGUUCCGAAGCGAAUGCCAGAGGAACUAGCCAGAAGGGUCAAGGAAAUUAUACCUCCAAGGCCACCUCUUACCCGUCGGACGGGAGGAGCUCAGAAGGCGGUGAGUGACUACCACAUGCAGAUCAAGAACAUAUCUAGAGCCAUCCUGAAUGAGUAUCACAGGAUGUUUGGAAAACAGGCAGUCAAAGUGGGGAGUGAUCUGGAUAGUGAAACCCUGGAGGAGCAGGAGUGCCAGCUCAACUAUGAACUUAAUUGCUCUGGAAAAUACUUUGCUUUUAAAGAACAACUCAAGCAUGCUGUGGUAAAGAUUGUGAGAGAGAAGUACUUGAAGACAACAGCAUUUGAAAGCCAAGAGGAGCUGCAGAAAUUUAUUAGUGAGCUCUAUGUUUUCUUGGUGGAUCAGAUGCAUGUGGCCUUAAAUCAAGCCAUGCCAGAUGAUGUCCAAGGCACUCUUUCAACCAUUUGUACCAGCAGUGAACAGCUUCGACUCUUUGCAUUCGAAGCAGAAGUCAAUGAGAACUAUGAAAUGGCAACAGUGUACUAUGAAGAGAGGUUGGUUCGUGAGCCCCAGAACCUGGAGCACUGGCUGGACUACGGUGCCUUCUGCCUCCUAACUGAAGACAAUAUCAAAGCACAAGAGUGUUUUCGGAAAGCCCUUUCCCUGAACCAGAAUCAUAUCCACAGCUUGUUGCUGUGUGGUGUCCUGGCUGUCCUGAUGGAGAACUAUGAACAGGCAGAAAUUUUCUUUGAAGAUGCUACUUGCUUGGAGCCAACUAAUGUUGUAGCCUGGACUUUACUUGGCUUGUACUAUGAAAUUCAAAACAAUGAUAUUCGAAUGGAAAUGGCAUUUCAUGAAGCCUUCAAACAGCUUCAGGCACGAGGGCUUCAGGCACAAGUUACAAAGCAGAGGAGCACCAGUACUGUGGAGUAUGUUGAAGAAGGAGGGAAAGCCGACUCCUGUUUAGGCCCUUGGGGAAUAACCAGUGGUUCUUCUACAGCAGCAGUCAAGUUGGAAGCCCCAGCAGGACUAGGAGCUCCAUUAUCCAUUCUAGAUGAAUUUCUUGAUGAAUCCUCUAACCUGCAGUCUGAGUCACAUGAACCCAUUUUGUCUGUACAGUCUCAGGAUCCAACUACCAGCCCAAAACCAUCCAACACAUUUAUCAAGGAGAUACCAUCAAAAAAAGAAGCAUCAAAAUGUCAAGAGUCAUCGACUUGUCUGCAUCCCACCCUUUAUAGUGUUUCCCAAACUCCUACCACCAUCUUCAUGGAGACCAUACGCUUCUUGAUGAAGGUCAAUGCUGUGCAGUAUGUACACAGAGUGCUUGCACAUGAGCUAUUAUGCCCUCAUGGAGGCCCCAGCUGUGAGUAUUACUUGGUGCUGGCCCAGACACACCUACUCAAGAAGGAUUUUGCUAAAGCAGAGGAAUACCUUCAACAAGCAGCCCAGAUGGACUACCUGAACCCUAACGUCUGGGGCGUGAAGGGCCAUCUCUAUUUUCUGAGUGGAAAUCAUGCUGAGGCCAAGGCAUGCUAUGAGCGAACCAUUAGUUUUGUAGUGGAUGCUUCUGAGAUGCACUUCAUCUUCCUGCGACUGGGGCAGAUAUAUCUGGAAGAGAAAGAGUACGAAAAGGCAAAGAAAACCUACCUGCAAGUCUGUAAGAGAUCGCCUUCAUGCCUUACCUGGCUAGGACUGGGAAUCGCCUGUUAUAAGCUGGAUGAGCUCACAGAGGCUGAGGAUGCUCUCUCUGAAGCCAAUGCACUGAACAACUACAAUGCUGAAGUAUGGGCAUAUCUGGCUCUGGUCUGCCUGAAAGCUGGACGGCAACUGGAAGCUGAGCAGGCCUACAAGUACACGAUGAAGCUGAAAUUGAAAGAUGAGAGUCUGCUUGCAGAGAUCCACAUGGUACAGGAGACAGUUGGCUUUGGAAAUCCAUCUUUCUGACAUCCUUCCACCUGAAGAAUUUUCUGUAUGGGACACUGAGCUCCUUUCCUUCCCAGAGAAAUUAAACCCUGGAUGUUUCACCGUAUGAGGGCUUGGGAUAAAGAAAAAAGGAUCUUCAGCACAAACUGAAACCCAUUCACUUAUUUCCGUUGGCUAUCUUACUGGAUGGCUAUGUUACUGGAUGUUUUAGUGGUGACAGUAAA